UUCGAAGUAACAGUUAAAAUGGCUCAUUUUACAAUCGUGGCAAUUGCUUUAUGUUCCAUUUGCGUGGCGUCAUUUGCCGAAAAUGAAGAAAUAUUAGAGUCGCGAUCGUACAUUUGCAAUCUUCCUCCUACCUCAGGAUUCUGUAGGGCUCGUUUAUAUAGAUGGGUUUACAGUCCGGUAAUGAAGAAAUGUGUCAACUUUGACUACGGUGGGUGCGCUGGAAAUGAAAAUAAUUUUGAGACCUUCGAGGAAUGCAUGUCGUUUUGUUCAGGGAUUUAGAGGACGAUAUUGCAAAUAAACAGUGACAAACUAUCAAUCAAUCUUCAUUUAUGAAAAAAAAAGUUCAAUAAAGUCUGACGACGCCGUUCAUCAACUGAAGAAAUUGAUUAUGGAUAA